UGUAAGAGGUUGCCUGGUAUUAUCAGUAGGUCUGUGUAAACUACCCUCAGAGAAUUAGUCAUUUGUAUUAAAAAACUAAAAGCAAGAGUAACAUUCAAUUUUUUUUUAUAACUUUUGUUAGUUGGUUCUAUUUCAGGUAGGCAAGCCAAUAAGUAAAUAAGUAUAAAUUAUCGUAUUUUAGCUAAUUUAAUUGUGUUUACAUUGUCAUAUUGGUAAACUUAUUAAUUAUUGAAAUCUAAAAAACGAAUUUAAUUUAGUUGAGUCUCUAACCUAAAUUAAAAUUAGAUACUGCGAAUUUAAUUAUUUAGGUCUAAUCAAUUUAUAUAUUAUUUAUAUUAAACGUACUUGCCAAGUACUAAGUAAAAUUUAGAUGUAAAUCAAGUAAAUUCGAGAAAGGACCAUCCAUAUUAUUAUUUUAAAAAUAAAACUUAACAGUACAGCAACUGAACUUAUUUUAGUUAUUUACUUUAUCUUUAAAAAAUGUACCCAUGCCAUGGCCAUAGACGCCAUGCCAUCAUAGUCAUAGUCUAUUCUAUUAUAGAAUCUAUACUAUAGUAUUAGUAUUGUUUAGUUAUUUUAAUAUUAUUUAAGUUAGCUGUAAUUAGCAGUGUUUCUUCAGACAAUAUCCUGGGGGAAGUGUGUGUGUGGGGGGGGGGGGGGGGGGAGAUCACAUAUCCCUGGCGCCAGAGGUUGUAUCAUGAAAUGGAGUGCUGCAAAAAUCUUGACAUGCCCAUGCCAUAGUAGCAAAUAAAAUAUAUUAGCUAUGCCACUAGCAGACCUGUUUACUCUUUCGAUUUUGGUGUAGAUUGCAUGAUUUUGAGGUGUAUACAUUAUUUUAUAUACUGUAUGUUUAUUUUUUUUUACUAUUAAGAUAAUGUAUUGAAUGAUUUUUGUGAUGAUAUUAUUGUACGAUUUUAAGAGUUUGAGGGUAAACAGGGCUGCACUAGGCAGCAUUGUGGCCAAAAUUUGCCAUUUAUAUAUUAAACUAGGGCAGAGAUCAAUGGCACACAUGGCUUUUGAUUGGAAGAAAGGUCAGAGGCCCACUCCGCAGAAAAUGUUUGAUUAUUUCAAGAGGUGCAUUUUGGCUUAUACCUGAAUUGAAUUCACUGUUGAUCGGGGUGAAGGAAUUUUUUUUAAGCAACAGGGGAGGCAUUCUGGCACUCAGUGUUAUACAUAAACCGCCCCAGGGUAAUCAUUUGACACAAGAAUAUAUAAUAUAUUCAAUCACACACUGUGAAUUGAUCAGUGUGAGGGAAGAGGGGUGCAGAAAUUAAGGGUGUCAAAAACUGUCUACUACUAUUAUUUAUUGUGAAUAAUAGAGCCUACACAGUGCAGCAACGUUACUGCAGUACAAUGCUGCUAUUUUUCUAGGCUACUGAGCUACUCUAUUGCUCAUUUUGAAAAGUAAUUAAUUAAUUUAAAUUUUGAUUUAUGCCACCUUUAUUGAUUUUAAUACGGACUGACAGUAUUUAAAAUAUGCCUCUGCCAUAAGCUAUGCCUGUGCCAUACACUAUGACCAUACCAAUUAGUAGUACUAUCAACAGACCUGUUUACCCUCAAACUCUUAAAAUUGUACAAUAUCAUUACAAAAUCGUUCAAUACGUUAUAUUUAUAGUAAAAAAAAACAUACAGUAUAUACAAUCUAUACACAUCAAAAUCGUACAUUGUAUGCCAAAAUCGUAAGAGUAAACAGGUCUGUAUCAAACUCUAUAGUACAUGUGUCAAGCUCAAUGCCCAUGGGCCACAUCUGGCCUGCCGAACAAUUAUAUAAGGCCCUCGAGGUCUUGUCCGGCGUAUAAUUAUAUCCAAGUCAAUGCUAUGGUGUUUCCCAAUGCACACUUUGCUGAAAAAUGUCGCUUACUUUGUGUCGAGUUUCCAGUUUUGAAACACAAAAUGAUUGUCAAUUAUCACAAAAUGGUGAAUGAAUUCAUUUUAUCUUUAUAUAAAAAUGAAUGAGGAAAAAAUCAAUUUUAUGCAAACAAAUUUUUUAAAAAUAAACCAAUAGUAAAUGUGUUAUUAUUAUUAUUUCAUAAUUUAUUCACUUUUUAAUUAAAUAAAGAUGCUGUAUAAUGCAUACAAUUGGUAGGAAAAGUGAUAGCAUUGUUGUUUCAAGCAUUUACUGUUCAGUCGACAUAUUAACCAGUUUGCAGAUUGCAGUCUCUCUUAAUUUUGCCUCAGUCCAAAACACAUUAUGGCAACACAUAAUUAGUGAUAAUGCGCUCGAGUGUUUGUGCAUCUCGGCAGCCAACAAUCUCCAUCCAACAUUGUCCACUACCGCAAACAUAAAUUUCAAAACAAAAUGAUGCCUAAGGCUUUUAAGUAAGGAGUAAUCAUUGGAAAUAAUUUGGGACCGGACUUCAGAGGAUUGCCGAAUAAUAGUAGACCCUGUUCAAUCAAUCAAUCAACGUUUCCAUAUUUUUAGAAUCCAGAAUUCUGUAUUGGCAUUGGUGAUAUUUACUUAGUUUAGUGGUAUUAGUACAUUAGUACAGGGCCCAAUUUUUAAAUAAAAAAAUGGCUCAUUAAUCAGCUAUCAAACAUAAAUAAUAUUUGUUUUUACAUAAUGUAAAUGUGGAACAAAGAUGUAACCGUCCACUCGAAAAAAUUUCUUUAAAAAAAAUAAAAGCUUCCUGGAGCAAACAGUCAUUUUCUUCCCCUCUCCCUUGACGAAUGGAUGGUACUGUCUUAUAAAAUAUCAUGUUGAUCUUAUAUAGUUGUGAGGAAAAGUUUAGAAUGCAUUGCAAAGUGGGAUCAAGUCUUGGGGGGGGGGGAGUCUGGGAACUCAUCCAAGAUGCACCCCACCUUUUUUUAAAGUAAAUAAUUAUGUUAUAUAUCUCUUAAUUAUAAAAGUACAAGAAUGCUAUUCCCAUGUGUUCCUGCAGGACUCACGCCCUGAUUGUAAAAACCAAAAUCCAAUUUGCCAUAAAAAAUGGUAUAACAUCCCUAAGAACAACUGGCAUGCAUGCUCAGCAUGGCACACAAUUUUGUUUCUGGUUUAAAGGGGGCUGCCAUUAAAAAAAAAAUUAAUUUAUAAAAAGUUUCACAACUCAUCUGUUAGGAAAUACUAUGAGUUAGGCCUUCAAAUUAGUACAGCAGAUAGAUAUGUAAAAUUCAUAACCUUUCAUGACAAUAUUAAAUGAAAAUCUUCGGGUGGACCCGGGUAAAAUCUUUAAUAAAUAAACAUUUGGUUCUUUUAUUUAAUUUUUUAAAAUAUUGUGUCAACAUCAAGAAAAUUAUUAGAGAUACAUUCUUUUGAUGAAAAAUAUUUUGUAGUAGCUUACUAGCACUAGUAUUUAUCUGAAGAACAUCAGAUACAGUAAGCAGUAGAGUUGUGCCCCCUUAUUUCUUGUAAAAAGUGUCUCCCAAAGACAAUAAAAUUUAGUUUUGACAAUAUUAAAGAGUUAAUAACAAAUGAUGCCAUUUUGUAUAGAUUAAUGUAGCUGCUACACUAUAAAAAUAUAAUGUUGUUUUGUUAAGUUAAUUAUGAAUAAUGUUGUGUACUAUAUAUGUUAUAAUUUAUUAUAAAUAUGUUUGUUUUUUCAAAUAGCCAUUUUAAUGUGGUCUUUUAAUUAACCCAGCAAUGGCAGAUAUUAAAACUGGCCUGCUAACUGGAGCAAGACCAACUCCACCUCCUAGUGCUAGCAGUCCUGAUGUUACAGGUGUGACAGGUGAUGCUGUCUAUCAUGAUAGUGCCCAAUCUCCUAGAUCUGUAUGUAUUUUACUGUAAUUAGAUGACUCUAAUGAAUUAAUGAAUUAUAAAUAGUAUAUUAAAUGUUUCAUUCUUGGUGCAAAUAUAGACAGUCAAGGACACAUCUUUAUAGACAGUCCAUGACACAUCUUUAUAGACAGUCAAUGUCAUUGACAUCCUUAUAGACAGUCAAUGACACAUCUUUAUAGACACUCAAUGGCACAUCUUAUAGACAGUUAAUGACCCAUCUGAAUCUUUUAGGAGCUUCCAAAAAUAUGGAAAUUAAAUAUUAUAGAAAAUUUCUUAACCAAUUUUGGAAGUAGGCCUUGUAUUUUAACUAUAUUGAAAUGAAAUAGUUAGUCAAUUUUUAAGAUGAUGUUGCGGAAGCUCUCUGAUUAAUUUGUAACAACACCUCAAAAUAAUUUCUUUUUACCGGGUAACAGUUUUAAUUUGCAUCCCCCAUUUCAGUAUAACUAAAGUCACCAUUUCAUGUCACAAAAUCUUAAUCAUCAUCAAGGAAAAAUUCCAUUUUAUGAUCUAGGCCAACGUUUCCCAAAACUUGUACUUUCGUGACCAGGCAACUGUUUUUUUCUGCUUUCGGGACCUGGUAAUUUUUUUUCAUGGCUUGGUACUGAGUCGCGACCUGGCAUUAGGGAAAUGUUGAUCUAGGCAAUAACAUUUUUACCCCACUUUUUAUUAAACUUGUUUGUUGUUGUUGCAAUGCUUUGAGACCAUAUUUCUCCAGGUUUCCACAUCUUUUAGACCAUAUUUCUCCAGGUUUCCAUCUCUGUGAGACCAUAUUUCUCCAGGUUUCCAACAUCUUCGAGACCACAUUUCUCCAGGUUUCCACAUCUUUGAGACCAUAUUUCUCCAGGUUUCCAAAUUUUUGAAACCAUAUUUCUCCAGGUUUCCACGACAUCUUUGAGACUAUAUUUCUCCAAGUUUACACCUUUUUGAGAACUGUUAUCUCCAGGUUUCCACAUCUUUGAGAACAUAUUUCUCUAGGUUUCCACAUCUUUAAGAACAUACUUCUCUAUGUUUCCACAUCUUUGAGAACUGUUAUCUUUAGAUUUCUAACAUAUUCUCUAGGUUUCCAAUAUCUUUUAGAACAAAUUUUUUCAGGUUUUCAACAUCUGUUAGGCCACAUUUAUCUAGGUUUUCAACAUAUUUUGAGACUAUAUUUCUCUAGGUAUCCAACAUCUUUGAGACCAUAUUUCUCCUGGUUUCCAACAUCAUUGUGAACAUAUUUCUACAGGUUUCUAACAUCUUGUAGGCCAUAUUUCUCCAGGAUUCCAACAUCUUAGAGGUCAGACUUGCUGUAAACUGUUUAGUCUUUGCAUACAUGUUACUGUUAAGUUGUUACCUCCCUUAUUUAAAUUGCCUCUCAAUAAAAUCUAAAACAUCACAGUAAACAAUAAAAUCCAGACCAACUUUUUAGCCAAUAUAAUACACACCAUCAUAAUAGCUAAUAUAAUACACACCAUCAAAAUAGCUAAUAUAAUACACACCAUCACAAUAGCCAAUAUAAUACACACCAUCACAAUAGCUAAUAUAAUACACACCAUCACAAUAGCUAAUAUAAUACAACCAUCACAAUAGCCAAUAUAAUAAACACCAUCACAAUAGCUAAUAUAAUAUACACCAUCACAAUAGCUAAUAUAAUUAAUACACACCAUCACAAUAGCUUAUAUAAUACAACAAUCACAGCCAAUAUAAUACACACCAUCACAAUAGCUAAUAUAAUACAACCAUCACAUUAGCCAAUAUAAUACACACCAUCACAAAAGCCAAUAUAAUACACACCAUCACAAUAGCUUAUAUAAUACAAAGCAUCACAGCAGGUAAUGAAAUAUUUGAUGUAUGGAAACUCAUCAAACAAGGGAGAUGACCUUUUUCAAAGUGUUGCAUUUUAGGACAGACAAUAGUGUCCCCUUAAAAGUUAUAUUCCCUUCAUCCUUAUGUCAUAUUGUUACAGCAGGAGUGCUCUUAUAUUCCCUUCAUCCUUAUGUCAUAUUGUUACAGCAGGAGUGCUCUAAUAUUCCCUUCAUCCUUAUGUCAUAUUGUUACAGCAGGGGUGCUCUGAUAUUCCCUUCAUCCUCAGGUCAUAUUGUUACAGCAGGAGUGCUCUUAUAUUCCCUUCAUCCUCAGGUCAUAUUGUUACAGCAGGAGUGCUCUUAUAUUCCCUUCAUCCUUAUGUCAUAUUGUUACAGCAGGAGUGCUCUAAUAUUCCCUUCAUCCUUAUGUCAUAUUGUUACAGCAGGAGUGCUCUAAUAUUCCCUUCAUCCUUAUGUAAUAUUGUUACAGCAGGGGUGCGCUGAUAUUCCCUUCAUCCUCAGGUCAUAUUGUUACAGCAGGAGUGCUCUGAUAUUCCCUUCAUCCUCAGGUCAUAUUGUUACAGCAGGAGUGCUCUGAUAUUCCCUUCAUCCCCAGGUCAUCUUGUUACAGCAGGAGUGCUCUUAUAUUCCCUUCAUCCUUAUGUCAUAUUGUUACAGCAGGAGUGCUCUAAUAUUCCCUUCAUCCUUAUGUCAUAUUGUUACAGCAGGAGUGCUCUUAUAUUCCCUUCAUCCUCAGGUCAUAUUGUUACAGCAGGAGUGCUCUGAUAUUCCCUUCAUCCUCAGGUCAUAUUGUUACAGCAGGAGUGCUCUGAUAUUCCCUUCCUCCUCAGGUCAUAUUGUUACAGCAGGAGUGCUCUGAUAUUCCCUUCAUCCUCAGGUCAUAUUGUUACAGCAGGGUUGCUUAACCUUUUUGCACCUCUGCACCCCCUCUGAUUCCCCCCACCCCACUGAUUUCACACAUCCCCCCCACCUUAUCCCUGCACUAUAAGUUUGUAAUUCCCAUGCUGUCAAAUAAUACUUUGUUUUCUUUUUUACAUUUUAACGUUACAGUGUUGGCUCAAUACAUUUUAACGUUACAGUGUUGGCUCAAUACAUUUUAACGUCACAGUGUUGGCUCAAUACAUUUUAACGUUACAGUGUUGGCUCAAUACAUUUUAACGUCACAGUGUUGGCUCAAUACAUUUUAACGUCACAGUGUUGGCUCAAUACAUUUUAACGUCACAGUGUUGGCUCAAUACAUUUUAACGUUACAGUGUUGGCUCAAUACAUUUUAACGUCACAGUGUUGGCUCAAUACAUUUUAACGUUACAGUGUUGGCUCAAUACAUUUUAACGUCACAGUGUUGGCUCAAUACAUUUUAACGUCACAGUGUUGGCUCAAUACAUUUUAACGUUACAGUGUUGGCUCAAUACAUUUUAACGUUACAGUGUUGGCUCAAUACAUUUUAACGUCACAGUGUUGGCUCAAUACAUUUUAACGUUACAGUGUUGGCUCAAUACAUUGAAAGCUGAUUGUUAGUUUUUUUAAAGUACUUUUUUGAGGAGAAAAAUUUAAUAUCCAUUUGGUUUUUUUCCAGCGUCUUAUUCAAGUUUUGUUUGUUGGUCUGGUAGUAGUCAUGGCUCUUGUAAGUAAUUUAUAAUUAGUUGUAGUCAUGGCUCUUGUAAGUAAUUUAUAAUUAGUUGUAGUCAUGGCUCUUGUAAGUAAUUUAUAAUUAGUUGUAGUCAUGGCUCUUGUAAGUAAUUUAUAAUUAAUUGUAGUCAUGGCUCUUGUAAGUAAUUUAUAAUUAGUUGUAGUCAUGGCUCUUGUAAGUAAUGUAUAAUUAAUUGUAGUCAUGGCUCUUGUAAGUAAUUUAUAAUUAGUUGUAGUCAUGGCUCUUGUAAGUAAUUUAUAAUUAGUUGUAGUCAUGGCUCUUGUAAGUAAUUUAUAAUUAGUUGUAGUCAUGGCUCUUGUAAGUAAUUUAUAAUUAAUUGUAGUCAUUGCUCUUGUAAGUAAUGUAUAACUGGUAGUAGUCACAGCUGUUUUAAGAUAUUUAGAUUUAGUUUUUUUAACACAAUGAUCCAAGAGAUUGAUGUCAAUUACAAUAAUGGCAGCUACCUUUGAAGUGGUCAGCAUAGCAAGCACCUUGUACUUCGGCAGGAAUGUAGCAGAUCAUAAGCUCAGAGCUUCUGUCUCAUGCCAUUUAAUAACUUUAGAUCUUGAAAUGUGUACAUAGGAAACCAUAUGCAUUAGCAGUAAUGUAGCAGAAGAUAAGCUCAGAGCUUUAGCAAUGAAUAAAAAAAAAUUUAAUUCUGAGUUGAAAUGUAAGUUUUUUGUUACCAGGUCAGCAUAUCUUUAUCGAUUUACCGUGGCGCUGAUGUCAGUGAGAAUGGAGGAAUGUACUUCAUGCUGGGGAUCAGCUUAAUUGGCUUUGCUAUUGUAGAGAUUAUAAUGGUAAAAAUGCUUGCUAGUGUUGAUUACAAUAUGAUAUCAUUCAUCUUUAAAAUGUAUUGUCAGCUGUAACAUUCUCAGAUCAACAUUCACGAUAAACUCUUGUUCACAUUCACGAUAAAACUCUUGCUGACAUUCACAGAUCAACUCUUAUUGACAUUCACAAUAAACUCUUAUUGACAUUCACGAUAAACUCUUGUUGACAUUCAUGAUAAACUCUUGUUGACAUUCAUGAUAAACUCUUGUUGACAUUCACUGAUCAACUCUUGUUGACAUUCAUGAUAAACUCUUGUUGACAUUCAUGAUAAACUCUUGUUGACAUUCAUGAUAAACUCUUGUUGACAUUCAUGAUAAACUCUUGUUGACAUUCAUGAUAAACUCUUGUUGACAUUCACUGAUCAACUCUUGUUGACAUUCCCGAUGAACUCUUGUUGACAUUCACUAUAAACCCUUGUUGACAUUCACAAUAAACUCUUGCUCACAUUCAUGAUAAACUCUUGUUGACAUUCAUGAUAAACUCUUGUUGACAUUCAUGAUAAACUCUUGUUGACAUUCACUGAUCAACUCUUGUUGACAUUCAUGAUAAACUCUUGUUGACAUUCACUAUAAACUCUUGUUGACAUUCACGAUAAACUCUUUUUGACAUUCACAAUAAACUGUUGACAUUCACAGAUCAACUCUUGUUGACAUUCACAGAUCAACUCUUGUUGACAUUCACAGAUCAACUCUUGUUGAUAUUCACAGAUCAACUCUUGUUGACAUUCACAGAUCAACUCUUGACAUUGAAAAUCUCCUUCUGAUCAUUGAUUUAAAACAGAGCUAGUGUAAUUUUGAUUUAUUUUAGUUGAGUAUUUUAGAUGAGUAUUUUAGUUUCAUAUUAUCCUUAGUUUGCUGUUUUUCUUAAGAGAGUUAGGUAGUUAGUUUAGUAUUAUAAACUUCACAAAAAUACCUCCUCAUCCUAAUUCUAGUCUGAUAGAUCUUUAAUAAACUUACCUUUAAACAUUAUUAUAUUUUAUAUACUAGUAAUACACUGUUGUUUUUAAAAAAACAUAACAUACAUCAUAUAUUGAAAAUAAAUUUUUCUGGUUUUUGAAACUCUAUUUAAAAAAACUAUUUAUGUAAAUGUCCAUACUAAUGGUGUCAUGGUUAUACUAAUGAUGUCAUCAUUGGUUUCAGAUCAUCUUCACCAGAAGAGGAGACCUUCCUAAGGGCAAAACUUGGUUUCUUUACUUUGUUGGCUUCUGUGUGAUGCUGGAAUCAAUUUUUACAGAUGUCUUAGUCUUUCAAUAGUUGGCCAUAAUAGCUUUUUUUUUAUCCUAAUAUUUGCAUUUGCCUAUUUAGCAUAUCUUUGCAAUGAGACCGGUAAUUAAAAAAAAAAAUACUCUGCAAACUUAAAAUAUUGAUAAGAUUAAUGAUUUUUUUAUAGCCAUGGGCACUUCUUAAAUUAAUGUCAAGAUUUUCAUUUAAAAUGACCAAAAGUUUAGAGCCACCCAUAUCUAACAUAAGCACUGAGGGAGAAGGUGGGGGUGGGUUAGAGGCCAUCCAUAUCUAACAUAAG